AUGCCAGCACCAGUGUGGCAGCAUCCGUUCGCAGACGUCUUCCGGCUCGUAUCCGCAGGCUCCUGUGCGGCGUCGACGCGCGGCGACGUGGCCGAGCUCAUGGACAAGACGAUCCGGCGAAAGGUCUUCCGCGUCCGCGGCAAGAUUGCCGCGUCCAACCAUCUGUCCGUGCCCGCCGAGGGCGAUAGCUUGCAGCUCACGGGGCGCUACAUCUACCUGCAGCUCCACCGGCUGCCUGGCGAGUCGGCGACGCUGCACUUGGACAUUGUGACGAAGAAGCGGUCGGCGCUGCGCCUCUCGUUCAGCACCAUGUACGCGAGCGUGCGCAGCAUGGGCGUGAACCUUCGCCUACCUCUCCCACUAGGCGACAAGUGGACGGUGCUCGCUCUGGACAUGCACCGCCUCUUGGAGCUGCAUACGUCCGUCGCGUACAACCGCGAAGGUUACGACUACCUCAAGAGUAUUCAGCUCUGCUGCUCGAUGAGCAUCCGCGGCAUCUACACGUCUGACAUUCUCUACAUGCCCGAGGUUGACGAGAUCGCAAAGUGCAAGGUCUAA